GCUUCCGCGCGCGACACGCGGCCUGCCAGCGGCGAUCGCGCGGCACUACGUCGUGCGCCGCCGCCAGCGACUGACGUCCGCAGCGGCGACGUUAGUGGGACGUGCAUGCGUGCGCUCGCUCUCUCGCCACGCUUGCCCGGACUGCCACCGAAAAUAAACGAGACUACCGUAAGACGUACCGCGUCGAGGCGAAGCCACGAAAAGUGGAGUUUUUUAACCCGAUACCCGCACUAUGGGGAGAGUUACCGACAAGGGUGGGAGACCUUACCGACCGAGCGGCUCGGAAAAGGGCGCGAGUGGACGGGGACAGUGAGACAGCGGUGACCUUGGACCCCGAAAUGUUCCUAGACUAGGGAUUUCCGGCGGUUCGGACGGCAGUCGAGGACGCUGUGAAGGUUAGGUGCGCUUUUCGAGGCCGCGCGUGGAUAGUUCCUGCAAUGUAUAGUACGUAUAUGUAUAAUGCGUACGGGUAAAUCGUAUGUACAUUGUUUAAUGGACACUAAUGUGGACCACGUGAACAUUGGACCUUGUGACAUGUGAUCGUGGGUAUGUGCACGGGGCUGAGGAUUGACUGAAGAAGUGUUCUCUGAGUUCUUGUCGAAAGAAAUUUUUCCUUUGGAGAAAGUUUUCUUAUCCAAGAUAAGUGGCGAAGUUUUGAGUGGGCAGGAGAAGAACUGGAGAUUAACCUUCCUGAUUGGUUACGUGGUCUUAGAGGGUGUACCGACUGAGCUGGUGGCGGGAAACAGCUACCGAACAUUCGGUAGGUUAUAUAAAUGGUUUCGUACGCAAAAAAUUAAUUAUUUGAACGCGAAACGCAGGCGUCUGAGGCGAGGAAACUAUGAUAUGGUUGCUGCUGGGAGAUACGAUCUUUAGAAGUGCUUUUAGGUAUCGAUGACACUUUGUAUACUGAAAAACGCUAUCCUGAGUGUAUCGAAGAGGAGGGAAGUUUCGGUACAUCGUGGUUUUAACGCCUUUGUUUCAUUGGUCUUUAAUCUUGUAAUCCGACCCUAUCAUCGAAACGCCUCUUUGAUCGAGGACCACCCCCGAUUAAAAGACACGACUUCAUCGACUGCAAGAGGUAAACUUCAAAUCGAAGCGAUUACUGUUCGAUGGUCCCACUAGUCCCAUCCCUAAUGGAUACCUUAAUGAUCUAAUCUGGUCCAAAAGAGACAUGGACGGAACGUUCCUUUUGAUAAGGAGCCACUCCUGAUUCUUAGACACGUCAUCAACUAAAGAAGUUAGAAUUCAGGUAACUCGAAGCGAUUACUAUCAUAUGGUUUUGUCGGUUCCACCCCUAAUGGGAACCUCGAUGAUCUAACCUGGUCAAGAAGAGACGUCGGCGGAAAGGCCCCUUCGAUAAGGGGCCAUUCCUGAUAUGAAGAUACGUUUUCGUCAACCAAAACUUGGACUACAAGCAACUCGAAGCUAUUACAGUUCAAGGGUCUCACCAGUACCAUUCCAAAUGGGAUCCUCAACGAUCUAACCUGAUCAAGAACAGACCUCGAUGGAAAAACCCCUUCGAUAAGGGACCACUCCUGAUCCGAAGACGCGUCUUCGUCAACUACAGAAGUUAGAAUUCAGGCAACUCAAAGCGAUUUUUGUCUGACGGUCCCAUUGGUUCCUUCCCGAAUAAGAUUCUCAAUGAUCUGAUUUGACCGAGAAAAGACCUCGACGGAAAGGCCCGUUCGCUGAGGGACCACCUCCUUAACGUAAGACACGACGUCUCCGGAGAAGAGGACGGCCCUGGGCGACUCGGGGCGGCUACUGGCCGAUGGGAUGCAUCUCCCAGUGGGAUCGGUGGGCUGUGGGGAGAACAUCGCCAGCGGAACCCAAGAAGGCGCCGGUCCCAUAGGGUCCUCCCUGGCGCCCCUUCAGGGUGUCAACUCGCCCUACCAAGGCUCAGGGGUCGGGGUGGGGCUCGGGGGUGAGGCCGGGGGUGAGAUGAGUGAAGCCGCGGCCGUGGGUGAACUCUGGUGGACCGAAAGACUGGUUGGCGAGGCCCAGGCGGAACACCCUGGCGAACUGGUCAAGACAGGAUCCCCUUACUUCCUCUGUAGCCAGCUACCGACCCAUUGGAGGUCUAAUAAGACCCUUCCAGUGGCUUUUAAGGUGGUAGCCCUGGGCGAGGUCGGGGACAACACCCUCGUCACCGUCCGGGCCGGUAACGACGAGAACUGCUGUGCCGAACUCCGAAACUCGACGGCUCUCAUGAAAAACCAAGUGGCCAAGUUUAAUGAUUUGAGGUUCGUCGGCAGAAGCGGAAGGGGGAAAAGCUUCAGCAUCACCAUCACCGUCUCGACCAGUCCACCUCAGGUCGCCACCUACACCAGGGCUAUCAAAGUCACCGUCGAUGGACCCAGGGAGCCGCGAUCCAAGACCAGACAACAGCACCAACAGUUCCGGGCUCUGGGCCUGGGACAACAACCCUUCCUGGACGCACCCACUUCCUUCACCUCCCACCUCCGGGAGCUGGAGUCCUACCGGAGGAACAAGCAUCACCUUCACAGCCAGCAAGGAUCCAACGGGAACGCCAACACCGGGACCACCAUGUGCAAUAACCCGAACAAUCCGACGACCUCGCCGUCUUCGGUGUCGCAUCUCCCUUCUGGAGCUUCCACCCAUCAAGACUGCUACAAGCACAGUCCCCAACAUGGCGCUUUCCGCCGGCAGAUCAACGAGCAGAGGCCAGAAGAAGCGAGGCUCGACCAACGAGACGUAAAUUUUCUUUCAGACACCAGCACGAGUACAACGGAAUGGACGUAUCCAGCAACAGCACCAUCCUAUCCAGCACCUCCAGGAAGCGGUGGGGGGUCUUAUUCCCCCGUCCCCGGGGGAGCAUUUUCCUACCCUGGGGAAUCAUUGUCGCAUCAUCCCACGACAGAACCCGUACCCCUGCCAACCGUGCUACCAUCGGAGGGUCAACAGGACGCCUACACGCCGAACUGCGUGUCCAUGUAUCCAGGCCAUGGUGGGUCAUCCAGCAUCCCAUUGGUGCCCAUCAAAUCCACGGACCCAGAGAUAUACCCUGGAGGCAGUGGAGGCGCAAGUCCAGGGUACCACUACGGUUCCUGGACUCCUGGACCAGCAACCCCAGUACCAGUGGCCUCGCACAACUAUAAUCCAAAUUACCAGGGCUACUACAACAACCCCGGCCAGAACUACAUCAGCCCAGCUCCUAUGGUCCUCUACCCUCAGCUCUACAGCACCGUCAAUCAAAACCAGAUCCACCUGCACCUGCAUGGCGACCUGAGCGACGAGCAGGUCACGAUCGCCAGUGGGAACUUGACCAUCAGCAGCAACAGACUGGAGAUCGGGGUCCUAGGGGAGGAAAGCGAACAAAGAAACGACGUUUGGCGACCAUACUAAGGGAGACCUCGGAAGUCGUGAUCAGACUUUGCACCAAAAGGGUCCCCAAAAAUCCUAGAUUCGCCUCAGCCUAGUUGUAGGACCUAGUGUAUCUUCAUCCCAUGACAAUUGUUGGACUGGAUUUCCCCUAUAGGGUGUCGAACGUCCGCAGGAAGUUUCGAGUCUUGGAUCCCGCUUAUCAUCCUCGACUCUGCAAACGGAAGAGACGGAUCCCCUGGGCCCUUCCAGGAUGUCAGGAUUUAGGAACUCGAAGCUUAUUAUUGAAGCAACCUCGGAUUCCCGAUGAGGAUCAUUUGUUACCUACGGAAUCUUGAUCCGCGGAAGGAACUGAUAGAAAUAUGGCAUUUGUGGGAUUGCAAAUCCCUAGAAGCGAAAUCAUUACGACCCUCGGUUACCGUACUUCCCAACGUACUAUCAGCGAUGGAGAUGGAGUGCGUGAAAAACAAUGACGUUAAGGAGUGAUCCCUAGACCUAGAACCAGUGACUGUGAUCGCUCGAAGCGAGCGGAUCAUCUCUCGACGCUUGUCGCGGGAGGUUUCAUGCAAUGAAAAAUCCCUAGACACUAGUGAAGUGACUCGCGCGAGUCUAGUGGGGCCCGAGAUGGGCCCCCUUUAUAGCAUCAUCAAUUUCUAGCGCCCUACCGACCUAGCAAUAACGAUGUAAAUACGCAGAUAUUUUCCAUGGAAUAAAAGUC